AUGAGCACCAGUGAAAAGCGCUAUCUGAAGCCCUCCAGACCCCCUCCACCUCCUUUGCCUCCAGGCUGGGUCGCCCAAUGGGACGACGAGUACCAACGGUACUUUUUUGUAGACACUGCAACUGGCAAAUCACAAUGGGAGCCCCCCAAAAUCACCCAUUCCCAGCACCCUCCUUCGUACGAGGAGUCAUAUCGACAGCCAUCCCAAAGGCAAACCCAACAGCCAGUCCAGCAGUCGUCGAGGAGCCAGGGCCAGCAGGUGCAGCACGGAUCCAUUCCUCAGCAGAGUCAACGAAGAAGCAGCGGAAUGGGAACUGCCAUAGCCACGGGUGCAGCCAUUGGAGGCACAGCACUAGUUGCCAGAUCACUUCUAGGGUACGUAUAA